AUGUGGUACCCUCCUCAACAACAACAACAUCAUCCUCAUCAGAACCAACAGCAACGCUGGCUCAGAUAUAACCAGCAUCUUUCAUCACAGCAACAUCAACAAAGUUGUUCGACAACUUCGUAUUAUUGCACUAGCAACGAACCGUCGACUACAAAUCGAACAACGAACACUUAUGUUGGAUUAAGAAACGAUGAGAAUGAAGCAUUUAACCAAUAUCAUUCAAAUCGAGCUGAUGAUGUUUACGUAACUGGUGCGGACUAUUACGUGACUGCUUCCACCAGUUCAUAUAGUGAUGAGAUGUCAUCAUCUUCCUUACCUCACCAAACCUCAAAUACCUAUUGGAACCCAAUCAUUGCUGCCCCAACCAAAACAUCUCUCGUCACAACUACUGUAAAUCAAAACCCGACAUCGUCCUCAUCUAUGUUGUCAACAUCUUCAUCAGCCUGCUGGGAUUGGUUGCUCUACUCACCCGAAAUUUACUCUCAUCUCUAUCGGCCUUCAUCGUCUUGCAUCCAGCAACAAAUAAAGGAUGAAGAUUUCGAUUUAUCAACGCGUUUACCCAGUUGGUUACUUGCGUUACUCUAUCCAUCGAUGAAACAAAUUUACUCAGCGGACGAUGAGAAUGAUAAUGAUCAAGAGAUUAGUUCUCUUCAUAAUAAUAAUAAUAAUAAUACGGACGAGUCAUUAUUAUCGAUGAAUAUCGAUAAAAAUAUUACUCAUGUCUCGUCUAAUUUAUCCUUAUCGUCCGAAAAUACUCUUAAUCAACAAAAAUUAACACAAAAUCGUUCAUCAACACCCGAUACAGAUGACGGGUAUCAAUCCGCUAGUGAUGCCAGUCGUAGUGAUUACUCGCAACAAUCCUCCUUACAUUAUGAUCAUCAUAAUAGUAAAAAUAAUCUGAACACCUUGAUGCCAAAACGUAUUUCUUAUGCGGCCGCAGCGAAACCUCUGACAACCUCCCUAAGCAAUAAUCAAACAAGUCCAUUAGCUACGCCCAUAGUUAAAAUGAAGAAUAAUUCUUCGUCAUUAUCAUCGAUUACUAAUGACUUAGCAAAUGCGAGUGGUCAAAAAUUAAAAUUUAUUGCACCACGCUUCGAACGAAUGCAUCACGCUAAGCAAUAUCCAUCUUCAAUAGUUACAACGACGACGACAAGUGCUAAAGAUUUGUCGUCGUCUUCAUCAUCCUCGACUACUUCUUUAUUUUCGUCUACAUCCUUCACCAACCGAACAACCAUUCGUUCAAAUAAUAAUAAUAAUAACCACCAUCAUUAUCAUCAUCACCCACGCAAUCACAUUAUCAAUGCGAUGCGACGUCGUUGA